AUGGCUAUUUUCUACUUUCCUUAUUUGCUUUUGUUAACCAUGUUUUCAAGUUAUGGAUUUGCAGAUAUAACCACAUCGAGUCCUUUGUCGAUAAGACAAACUCUGAGCUCUCCAGAUGGAACCUUUGAGCUAGGAUUCUUCAAUCCCAGCAGCACUCAAAACCAUCAGUACGUUGGAAUCUGGUUCAAGAAAGUCACUCCUCGGGUAUAUGUUUGGGUAGCUAACAGAGAAAAUCCAGUCACGAGCUCCACGGCGAGUCUUACAAUCAGCAGCAAUGGAAGCCUCAUCUUGCUUGACGAGAAACAAAAACUUCUCUGGUCAUCUGGAGAAGAAUCUCUAACAUCUAACCAAGUCCGUGCAGAGCUUUCAGACUACGGAAAUCUUGUUCUCGUAGAUAACGUAACCGGCACGCAUCUAUGGCAAAGUUUUGAGCAUCCUACUGAUACUAUGCUUCCUCUGUCAUCGCUCAUGUAUGCUAUUCCUAACAACACGAGACGUGUGUUGACUUCUUGGAAGAGUAACACGGAUCCAUCUCCUGGGGAAUUUGUAGCAGAGCUUACUCCAGAAGUUCCACCUCAAGGGCUUGUAAGGAAAGGCUCAUUACCUUACUGGAGAAGCGGGCCUUGGGCGGAAACAAGGUUCACAGGGAUAUUAGAAAUGGAUGAAACUUAUGUAAAUCCAUUAACAAUGGUCCAAGAUGUGGUGAAUGGUACAGGAGUUAUGACUUUUUGUGCGCUGAGAAACUUUGAUGUGUCAUACAUCAAGCUAGCAUCGGAUGGAUCAUUGAACGUUCGCCGAAGUAAUGGCGGCAACACCGGGUGGAUUAAGCAUUUUGAAGGUCCUCUAAGCUCAUGUGAUCUCUACGGUACGUGUGGAGCUAAUGGUAUGUGCAUAAGGUCCAUUAGUAGUCCAAUAUGCAAAUGCUUGAAAGGGUUUGUGCCAAAGUCAGAUGAUGAGUGGAAUAGCGGAAACUGGACGCGUGGGUGUGUGAGACGAACAGAGUUAUCAUCAUCAUGUCAGGGAAACUAUUCUUCAACAACACAAAGCAAAGACACAACAGACGGGUUUUACCGUGUCGCCAAUAUCAAGCCUCCGGAUUCUUACGAACUGGCGAGCUCUGGUGACGCAGAACAAUGCCGUCAAGGAUGUCUUGGCAAUUGUUCUUGCUCGGCGUUUGCCUAUAUUAAAGGAAUCGGAUGCUUGGUGUGGAAACAUGAGUUGUUGGACAUGGUUCAGUUUACUCAAGGAGGAGAGAUUCUUUUCAUCCGUCUUGCACGUUCUGAGUUAGCUGGAAGCAAAAGAAUCAAGAUCAUCUCUGUUAGCGCUAUCAGCCUCUGCGUGAUUAUAAUCUUGGGGCUAGCAGCAUUUGGGUGUUGGAGAUACAGAGUGAAACAAAAUGGUCAAGCUCGUGUAGCCAUGGAGGUUUCAGAAGAUUCUUGGAAGAAUCAUUUGAAAUCACAAGAUGUCUCAGGUUUAAAUUUCUUUGAGAUGCAUACCAUACAAAAUGCAACCGAUAAUUUCAGCAUCUCAAAUAAACUCGGUCAAGGUGGAUUUGGAACAGUUUAUAAGGGAAAGCUAAAAGAUGGGAAAGAGAUAGCUAUAAAACGGCUCUCUAGGAGCUCUGGAGAGGGAACAGAGGAAUUCAUGAAUGAAUUAAAACUCAUCUCAAAACUACAACACAGAAACUUGGUUCGGCUUUUAGGAUAUUGCAUUGAAGGAGAAGAGAAGCUAUUGGUUUAUGAGUUUAUGGUGAACAAGAGUCUUGAUAGUUUCCUAUUCGAUUUGAAGAAGAAGCUGGAGAUUGGUUGGUCUAAGAGAUUCAAUAUCAUUCAAGGUAUUGCUCGUGGACUUGUCUACCUCCAUCGAGACUCGUUACUUAGAGUUGUGCAUCGCGAUCUAAAGGCCAGCAACAUUCUCUUGGACGAGAAGAUGAAUCCAAAAAUAUCGGAUUUUGGCUUGGCUCGGAUGUUUCAAGGGACUCAAAAUCAAGACAACACUGGCAGAGUCUUUGGAACUUUGGGAUACAUGUCUCCUGAGUAUGCGUGGACAGGGACAUUCUCUGAGAAAUCUGACAUUUAUAGCUUUGGAGUCUUGGUGCUGGAAAUCAUCACCGGAAAAGAGAUAUCGAGCUUUACCUAUGGAAAAGAAGACAAGAACCUUCUUGCUUACGCAUGGGAAUCAUGGAGUGAAACCGGUGGAGUGAAUCUACUGGAUCAAGACAUUGCUGAUUCUGAGUCAGAUUUAGUUGAAGCAGCAGAAGUGAAGAGAUGUGUUCAGAUAGGUUUGCUCUGUGUUCAAUACCAAGCAAUGGACAGACCAAACAUCAAACAAGUUGUGACAAUGCUGACGUCGACAAUGGAUCUUCCAAAGCCGAAACAACCAGUGUUUGCUUUGGAUACGAGUGAUGAGGAUUCUCUGUCUCCUAAGUCUAAUGAUCACAAGGAUUUGUUCUCUGAUGAUGAAAACAAACCGGCUCAGGAGAAACCGGGAUCCGAUUAA